CUAUUCUUAGCAUUCCACGUGGCGGCUAACAGCGACACAGUAAAGAAGGUGAAUGAGAUCGAGCCAAAGCUGAUUGACAAUUGUGAUGGUGUGAAAACAAAUACUGGCUGCUUCGACUUGAAAAUCACUGAUGUAAUGACGGGAUUCUGGCCAUCGCCAGACGGUGCCCUACCUAAAGAAGAACCCGCAUGCGGAUUCCGUAACGAGCGUUGUGACUACACGUUGAUCAUUUGUGCCGGUGUCUUCUUGGUAGUGGUGCUUUCUUGUGUCGUCACUGCUCUCAUCAUGAUACGAGUAUGGUACGUAUUUGCAGCACCUCAGAUGCUCCUGUUUCUGGCCUCGUGCUCACCUCCACUCUCCUCCAUAUAUCGAUUGUUACAGUUAUCGCUUGGGUCGACGACGACAAAACUGUCGAAUCAAACCUCGUUUGCGAAACAUCACGCUAUAGUCGGCACAAACACUCAUGCCUUCAUUUCACGUCUAUCCACAACGACGUCCAAUCACUUUCAGUCGGGUCGACAUGCAGUUGUUGACAUUGGUACUGUCACCUACCGUAAUCUGCAGAAGAUGCGCCCAUGGUUUUGCUUUCAGAUGAAACAAUCGAUCCACGACAAUCUAAAUCCUUUCCUUGGCAUGUCUUUCAAUGAAAAAGAUGAAAUGGUAUUACUCUGGAAAUACUGUACUCGUGGUACUGUACAGGACAUCAUCUACAACAAGGAUGUGGUGCUGGACGCGAAGUUCCAUGGCGCCUUCAUCAGAGACAUCACACUGGGUUUGGAAUAUCUACACUCAUCUACAAUCGGCUUCCACGGGUCACUUACUCCAUGGGCCUGUCUCAUUGAUCGAAAUUGGAUGGUUAAACUGACAGAUUUUGGAAUCGCAGACUCAUUGGAACGAUGGGAGAAACAAGGUCUCAUUGCCACAGAAACUUUGAAGGAAGGUGAAGAUGAAUGGAAAAGCGGCUCAGCACAGAAAACAAGCAUACUGUACCAGCCACCUGAAGCACUGAGGAAUCGUGAAGAGAACAGAAUUCGACGAGCUGAUCAGUCAUGGAUAAAACAGUCUCAAGCGAGGCGUCAAAUGGGUGACAUCUACGCAUUUGGAAUGGUGAUGUAUGAAAUUCUGUUCCGGGCCUUACCGUUCCCGAGCACUGCUAACAUUGACGAGAUUCUCGACUACAUCCGCGAUGGAAAGCGUUCUUACCGCCCGGCGAUUCAGGACAAGACAGAAAUCCAUCCGGAUCUCAUCGCGCUGCUUCUCGACUGUUGGCACGAGAAUCCCGAAAUACGACCAGGAAUCCGACGAGUUCGACUCAACACUGAGAGCUACUUGAAAGUGAAAGGAUCACUUGUCGACCAAAUGAUGAGCACGAUGGAGCAGUACGCCAACAACUUGGAGAAGCUCGUCAAAGAACGUACUGGUAUGUUGGAAGACGCGAAUGCACGAGCCGACAAACUUCUUUCUCAACUCCUUCCAGAAUACGUAGCAAACGAGCUGAAACUUGGUCGACCAGUACCUCCGAAAAUGUUCCACUCGGCCACCGUGAUGUUCAGUGAUAUUGUUGGCUUCACCACUAUAUGUUCAUCGUCCACACCGUUGGAAGUGGUCAAUAUGCUGAAUGGAAUCUACAAGAAAUUCGAUGAUGUCAUUGAAAAACAUCAUUCCUACAAGGUCAGUCUCAUCCUCAAACGUUAG